UCUUCCUCUUCUUUCUUUUCUUUGUUAAAAGAAAACACUUCCAUUUCUCACAAUAUUUUUAGCAACUAAGAAGAAGAAAAAAUGAAGGCAAAAUGUGGGGUGAAUAGAGGAAUGUCUAUACUAGACUUGUUUAUAAGGAUAAUUGCCAUAAUUGCAACAUUAGGAAGUGCCAUUGCUAUGGGAACUACUAAUGAAACACUUCCUUUUUUCACUCAAUUUGUUCGUUUCAAGGCCAAGUAUAGCGAUCUUCCCACCUUCACGUUCUUUGUAGUGGCAAAUGCCAUAGUAAGUGCAUAUCUUGUACUUUCUCUGGGGCUGUCUAUCUACCACAUCAUGAGGAGCCGCGCACAAGCAAGUAGAAUUGCCUUAAUAUUCUUUGACGCGGCAAUGCUGGGGCUAUUGACAGCAGGAGCAUCAGCAUCAGCAGCAAUAGUUUACUUAGCACACAAGGGAAAUACAAAGACAAACUGGUUCCCAAUCUGCCAACAGUUCGAUUCAUUUUGCCAUAGAACAUCAGGAUCUUUAGUUGGUUCAUUUGCUGGUGUUGUACUCAUCAUACUCCUCAUCUUCCUCUCCGCUAUCGCCCUAUCUCGUCAAUCAUCCAAAUCAUUAGUUUUAAUCUAGAUUUGAGAGUAUAUCUUACUGUUUCGUGUGAUUUGUUGUUUUUCUCAGCCUUUUGUUUUCAAGUUUCUUAUUUGUGUGUAAUGAUCAAUGGUUUGCAUUAUGAGAUUUAUGUCAACUACUUCCUUCGUACA